GGCGGCGCGGCGGCAAUGGCGGCGGCGGCACCGGCCGAGCCGGGCCCGGGCGGGGCGCUCCGGCGCUGCCUGGCCCGGUUCGGGGCCCCGCGGCCGCGGCCCGACCGCACCGAGCUGCACCUGCUCUUCGACCAGCUCAUCUCCGAGAGCUGCGGGCCCGAGCCCGCGCCCGCUCCCGCGCCGCAGGAUGUUUGUGCUCUGCUUGUCCAAGCCUGUCAGCUGGUUCCCCUUGAUCAGGAACAUCUUGUCAGCAAAGUCUGUCAGCUUAUCCAUCACUUGCUUAACAGAUAUCAGGUGAUGGUUGAUGAGCAGAACUUGAGCUUCCUUCUCUCUUACUGCAUCUCUGCUCUGAAGCAGUGCAGCUCCUGGACACAUGUUGAAAUUCUGCAAGCCUUAGCAGCUCUUUUUUACAAUAAUGGGCCUAAAUGUCAGAAGUAUCUCCCAGAUUUGCUGGGCAGGCCUGGGCUCCUGGUGCAGCUCAGUGACCCCGCUCAGCCCGACGUGGAGCUCAGGAGGGCAGCGGUUCGCAGCAUGGCAAACCUGUGUCUCAGUGUGCCUGGACAGCCAUACUUGGAUGAGCCCUACAGAAGUGUCUGUUUUCAAACUUUCCUGAGUGUUCUGCAGUCUUUAAAAACCUCUGAUGUAGAUGACAUCACUUUUUGCAUGUUACUCCAAAAUGCACUGAAAGGCAUCCAGUCACUUCUCAACGGUGGGAAGAUGAAACUAGUGCAAACUGACCAAAUUGGAGCUCUUCUUGCAGUAUUAAAGAAAUGCAUGUUCCACGGGCUGCCAGGACUGAGCAUAGAGGUGCCCCCAGCCCUGUACCCUGCUCCGUUACCUCAGUAUGACAAAAGGUCACCUGUCAAACAGGAGCAGGCAGAACCAGCCAGCUUUAAGCAGACAGGGAACCGAAGGAAAAAAUCCAAAGGGAAACAAAAGAAGGGAGAGGAAGAGGGAAGAGAAGAUUCGGGGGAUGCAGGAAAUGAGUCAGUCCUUGGAGCAGACAUGCUGAAAUUGCACUUGGGGGAUGUGCAGAACAGUCCUUGUCCGGAUCCUCGGCCUCGUGCCUCGGGUGCUGUGUCUGUGCCUGCUGGGAAGGAGCCCUUGUCCUCCCAGGGCACUGGCUGGAAGAGGAUCAGCAGCAGUGAGUCGGAAUAUUCUGAUGCUGAAGGUGGAAUCCAGAGCAAAGUGAGGUCUUACCAAGCCAAUGUUCGUCAAGGGGCCCUGGCCUGUUUCCUCUCUGCUAUAAAAUCAAUAGAGAAGAGAGUUCUUUAUGGCUACUGGUCAGCAUUUGUUCCUGAUGCCCCUGGUAUUGGCAGCCCCCAGUCAGUGUCCCUGAUGACUAUUGCUCUAAAGGACCCUUCUCCAAAGACCCGUGCCUGUGCUCUUCAAGUCCUCUCAGCCAUCCUGGAAGGUUCUAAGCAGUUUCUCUCAGUUGCUGAAGAUGCCAAUGAUCACAAGAGAGCUUUUACUCCCUUCUCUGUCACUAUUGCUUCCAGCAUCCGGGAGCUGCACCGCUGCCUGCUGCUGGCCCUGGUGGCAGAGUCCUCUGCUCAGACACUGACACAGAUAGUCAAGUGCCUUGCAAACUUGGUUUCCAAUGCACCCUACAACCGAUUAAAGCCUGGGCUGCUGACGAGAGUGUGGAACCAGAUAAAGCCCUACAUCUGUCACAAAGAUGUUAACGUUCGAGUUUCCAGCCUGACGUUAUUAGGGGCAAUAGUGUCUGUCCAGGCACCUUUACCAGAGGUGCAGUUACUUUUGCAGCAGCCCAGCUCUUCAGGGCUGAACAACAGCGGCAGCACAACCCCUCGGCGCUUUCCUUCCUCUGAGCAGUGGAGGAAAGCUCUCCCCUCAGAAGGGGAGCCUCUGGAAAAUCCAGCAGGAUGUGUAUCUCCAGAACCCUGCUGGCUGCUCCAUCUCUGUGUUUCCAUCAUCGUCCUGCCCAGAGAGGAUUCCUGUUCUGACAGCGACGUGAACUUCCCGUCCUUGUCCAGCGUCUACGAACCGUGUCCCCUCCGACUGGAAUCCCUGCAGGUGUUGGCUCUUCUUGUGAAAGGUUAUUUCCCUAUGGCUCAGAGCUAUUUCCUAGAACUUGGAGAAGUGGCCUGCAGAUGCAUGGAAGAAAUGGAUCCCUCCAUUCAGCUUCAUGGAGCCAAACUUCUGGAGGAGCUGGGCACAGGUGUCCUGCAGCAGUACAAACCCGACUCACCCACUGCCCCUGCUCAGAGAGUGCCAGUCAGCCUGGUUGUGACUUUCUGGAAGAUGAUGUUGAAUGGCCCUUUACCUGGCACUCUCCAGAACUCCCCAUAUGCCACUCUCCAGACAAGUGCCUGUGACGCCCUGUCCUCUAUCUUGCCAGAAGCUUUCAGCCUUCUGCAGGAUGACCAGCAGAUCCUGUGUGUGACGCUGCUGCUUGGCCUGAACCACAGCGAGAACCCCCUGGUCAAAGCCGCUGCUGCACGUGCCCUGGGAGUCUACAUCCUGUUCCCUUGCCUCAGGCAGGAUGUGAUGUUUGUGGCAGACACAGCAAAUGCCAUCCUGAAUUCCCUGCACGACAAGUCUCCCAACGUCCGUGCCAAGGCAGCCUGGUCCCUGGGCAACCUGACAGACACUCUGAUCAUCAACAUGCAAACCAUGGGACAAAGCUUUCAGGAGGACCUUUCUGAUCUCCUGCUGCUGAAAUUGUUACGGUCUGCCACAGAAGCAUCCAAGGACAGAGACAAGGUGAAGAGCAACGCCGUCCGUGUCCUUGGGAAUGUGCUCCAUUUCCUGCAGCCCUGCCACAUCUCCAACCCCCGGUUCAGGGAGGCCAUCGAGGAGGCUCUGCAGGCCCUCAUUGGCACCGUGCAGAGCGAGGCCACCAUGAAGGUGCGCUGGAACGCCUGUUACGCGCUGGGGAACGUGUUCAGGAACCCUGCCCUGCCUCUCGGAGAGGCUCCUUGGACCACACAAGCAUACAGUGCACUCUCCUCAGUGGUCAAGUCCUGCAAGAACUUUAAAGUCCGAAUCAAGUCGGCCAUGGCCCUGUCCAUCCCGAGCAAGAGGGAAUGCUAUGGCUCCACGGAGCAGUUCUCCCAAAUCUGGAGUGCCUUGGUGGUGGCCUUGCAGAGGAGUGAGGACACUGAGGACUUCCUGGAGUUCAAGUACAGCUCCAGCCUCAGGACGCAGAUCUGCCAGGCUCUGCUGCAUCUGCUGCAGCUGGCGAAGGGCACGGACCUGCCCGUCAUCUGGGGCACCAUCAGGGACCACGGGGAGGCCAUCAAACCCUACAUCCUGCAGUACCUGAGCUCUGGGGGGGAGGACAGCGACCCAGGGACACCCACGGACCUGGGAGAGAGGGAGAGAGGAUUGCAAGGAGCCAUCGACCAUCUCAGUGGGAUAGAGAAACAGCUGGGGGGCAAGGCGAGGGUGAGAGUGUCCCUGUACCUGGAGGAUGUCCUGACAAACCACACCACUGCCACGGAACUAACAGAGGCUUAGAAGGAAACACCCACUUCAGUGACCAAAACUUCCCCAGGAAGCACUGAACUGUGUUCCCUUACACAGGGCAUCCAGAGGAAACAUUUCCUGCUGCUGAUAUUAAGUAUUUUAUUUCGAACUUAUUCAUAAUGCCUGAUGAAAAAACCUCUAGAACUUCAUUUUUAUAUUAUUAUUAUUUUUUAUUGCUGUGCUUGCUGAACUCUGAAGUUGCCCUCCCCAGGGCUGGUUUGUGCAUUCGCUGUUACAGUGUCACCACUUGGAAAACAAAUGCCUUUUCCUUCUUUGUCUGUUUUACAAAGCAGCCUCUUCCCUCAAAGCUUAUCUCAAGCAUUUUGUUCCUAUUGCUGCAGGAUCCAAAAUCAUGUUUGUAAAAGAGGGGGCUGGAAGAAUUUUGUUUUUCAGAGCACUGCAAAUGUUGUCACUCUUGUGUUCCUGCAAUAAACCCAAAUAUGCCAAUAUUUGAAGAAUA